AUGACUAACGGCAAGUUCUUACACAUGCAGAAAAAUGCCACAUUGUGCAAGACUGAUGAGGUGUGGUGGGGCGGGGUGACCUGGAGCGCCUCCUCCUGCAAUGGGCACGAGAGGCAUAUAAAGCUGGAUCCCGGGGAUCAGGCAGACACAAAGAGAAGAUCUGCAGAGAUGGGAAAGUACACCAAAGAGUUUGCCAGCACAGCACUGCUGUGGCUACUGGUCGUGAUGGGUAUUCUUCUAAGAUCAACUACUGGAGGUCUAACCUGUGGCAAACCAAGACCAAUUACCCGGGUGGCAGGUGGAGUGAACGCUCAGAGAGGGGAGUGGCCGUGGCAAGUCAGCAUCCAGUACCAUGGAGAGCAUAUUUGUGGUGGAAGCAUCAUCGGCCAUACAUUGAUCCUGACGGCUGCUCACUGCUUUCUUGAAAUAGGGUACAAGAUAGUCCCCCAGGACUGGAAGGUGGUGCUGGGGCAGCUGAAACUGACAGGGGAUCUCCCCCGGGGGGAGGAGCGUGACAUCUCGGAAAUCAUCCUUCAUGAAAACUACCUUGACUACGAGAAAGGAAACGACAUCGCCCUGGUGCGCCUGGCGCAGCCUGUGAAGUUCACCCGAGAUAUAUCCCCCAUCUGCCUGCCUUACGCUAAUCACCAGUUUGCCUUUGGGACGCAGUGCUGGGUCUCCGGUUGGGGGGACAUAGGCAUGAACGCUUCUCUGUCGGACCCUAUGCAUCUCCAGGAGAUGACCCUAGACCUGCUGUCGAGAGACACCUGUAACUGCAUUUACAACAACCUGCGGGACAGGAAGAUCAUCCGCCCUGCCAAGCCCGGCAUGGUCUGUGCCAUGACUCCUGACCGCAAGAGGGGGCCCUGCAAGGGUGAUUCAGGCGGACCGCUGGUUUGCUUGGAGGAUGGCCAAUGGUUCCAGGCAGGGAUUAUGAGUUUCUCCAUGGGCUGUGAACGUUUCAAUGGGCCUAUAAUCCUGACAGAGACCAAGGCCUAUGCUGACUGGAUCCAGAGCCAUGUCAAAGGGGCUACCUUUGCUAAUCAGACAGAGCCCCGGCCCAAUACAACGGACAAAUAUUUGUGUACAGGCUGUGGGACACUGAAACAGGACACACCUGGCUUGGGUGCAGAGGGACUCUGGCCAUGGUAUGUGAGCCUGCAGCACAAUGGGCAGCAUACCUGCGGAGGCACCUUGAUCUCAGAAGACUGGAUCGUGACAGCUGCACAGUGCUUCAUUGGGCGCCAGGAACUUGAGGGCUGGGAGGUCCUGCUGGGCGAGAAGAAGGUGGGGUUAAAACACGAGUGGCAAGAGAGGAGGUCUCUUCGGAACAUUGUCCUCCAUGGCCUCUACCUCAACGUAACCGAAGGGUCUGAUAUUGCUGUGGCCCAAUUGGCCCAUCCCGUAGAGUUCAACGACUACAUCCGGCCGAUCUGCGCCCCGUAUAAAACCCACAAGUUCCCAUUCAGCUCUACCUGCUGGACCCGUGGACGGAAAAUGGAUAAGCCUCAUAUGCUGAGUUCUCCAGGGGGUGUGGAGGUAAAAAUCCUUGGCCCCCGGACUUGUAACUGCCACUACAAUGUGACCAGUGACCCUGGCCAUGAGAUCCCCAUCAGAUCCGACAUGCUGUGUGCGAUGCCCCAUAAAAGCACCAUGCGCUGUGAGGAGAGCAUUGGGGAACCUCUGAUUUGCAAUGAGAAGGGCUCCUGGUUUUUGGCGGGUAUCUCCAGCUUCGGAAAGGGCUGCGGGACUGUGAUGCGUCCAGGAGUUUACACAGCAGUCAAUGCCUACGAGGACUGGAUCAUGGAACUUGUGUGGUCUGCUUACUACGAUGUGCAAACACCUCCUGGCCCAGUCGUGAAGGACGAAGAUAGCUGUCUGAACAAUAAUCCUACAGGAGCAGGUAACAGGUAGCAGGCAGUGAGAAGACAAAACUCAAGACAAAAGACUCGGUGGAAUCAACAUCCCGUUUUCCCUCCUGCUGAUCUGCCUCCAGCUGAAAGGGCCUUUGAGAGGCAUUGGUUCUCCAUCAUGCGCCUGACUCUUGGGGGUGGGGGAGCUGUUCAAAGCUUCCAGCCCAGGAUUUAGUCCUUACAAUUUCAGAAGCAAUCAGGUCACCAUCUGCAUUGGGGUGGGGGUCACUUAUUAGACAUGAAUGCCAAAUGGCAUUAGGGACCCUCCCAUACCAAACACAGUCGGAAACACUACCCAACUGCGAUUGCUGCUCAGGUGGUUUUCCUCUCCCUCCUGUUUUACAGACAGAAAAACUGAAACCUGGGCUGGUCUAAUGACCCACCAUGGAAGACAGUUUGGAGCAAGUCUCUCAUUCUACCUCACAAGCUUGUUGUGAGGGGUAGAACGAUACUGUAAGCCACUUACAGUAACACAACACUGCUACCAUAUCUGUCUGCUAUCAUGGGAAAAUCAGACCCAAAGAGCCAGCCUUGGCAUCUUGCCCAGAGCUAAUCUGAACUGGUUUGACACUGAUGUUAGGACUGAACUGUUAUGUAUGUAGUCAACUCGCUUGUAUUCUGCAAGCACAAGCAUGUUUCAGCUGCUACUGGAAAUUCCACCCCAACGCUGCUUCUAGUAUGUCCAGAGGGAGGAAGAUUUCCACAAAUCAAACAUUUCAUCCCACCCACAGCCCUGAUCGCUCUGCACAGGUGUCAAUGGCAGAGCAAACUUGGAAGGGCGGGUGGACCAAUGUCCCACCUUUCACACUGCCCUGGUAAAGAGGUUCUGAGUCUACGAAAUUUCAGUUUCUUAAAUUACACGGAAUCUCAGUUCCUCUAUCCAGUGGUCAGCGCCAACUGCUUUCCGUCCUACAAAAAGUUCAGUGUUUAAACAUUUCAACCACCCUGCCAGAUCGGUAGGCAUAAAGCCAGAGACUUGUCCAAGGCAGCCUCCUCUGCGGGCUUCAUAGCUGAGCAGUAUGUUGAACCUGAGUUGCCGCCUCUCAGCCCUGCACUUAAGCCUUCAGCCCACACUGACUGCUCUCAAACACCAGUGCUGCUUAUAAACCGAUCGUGGCUCAUGAAGCAACCGCUGUUCGGGCAAGAACUGGAAUCCAGCCCUUAUGUUGCAAAUUCUUCGAAUAUCUUAUUGUGCCAAUCCUGAUUUUUUUUUUACUUUUUUAAUUGUAAGACUGACAUGGCUCUGAGUAUAUAUGUAUGUGUGUGUAAGUACAUAUUUAUUUUAAUAUGUAUUAAAUAAAUUAUUUGAAGAAAACGGUUA